AUGUGUGCUGAUUUGUAUCAAACAAAUACUAACCCUUUAAGGUUAAAUACAACACGAAACGAUGGCAAAAAAAAACAAAGUAUUACUUUGAGAAAUGUUGAUGGAAAAAGAUGGGUAGAUGAGUCAAUGGCUGACUGGCCAAUAAAUGACUUUCGUAUGUUUGUAGGAAAUUUAGGAAAAGAAGUUGACGACACAAUGCUUAAAAUAUUUUUUUCUAAAUAUCCAUCAGUUCAAAAAGUAAAAGUAGUUGUAAACCCACACACAAAUAAAAGUAAAGGGUAUGGAUUUGUUAGUUUUUCUGAUCCAAAUGAAUAUCUUCUUGCAUUAAGAGAGUUAAAUGGAAAAUAUAUUGGAACACGUCCUUGUAAAUUAAGUAAAGGUAAAUGGGAAAAACGUUCUGAAAAACCUUCAACUAAAGAUGGAAAAAUACCGAAGCUACCUAAAUGA